CGCCCGUCGCCUGCCCUUCGCGCCUCCCCGCCCGCCCCCCGCGGGAGCAGCACCACGUCGGCGCCGGCGGCCAAAGUCAGUAAAAAGGAGCUCAACUCCAACCACUACGGGGCCGACGAGACCUCAGAAAAAGAGCAGCAGGAAGCGAUUGAACAUAUUGAUGAAGUACAAAAUGAAAUAGACAGACUUAAUGAGCAAGCCAGUGAGGAGAUUUUGAAAGUAGAACAGAAGUAUAACAAACUCCGCCAACCAUUUUUUCAGAAGAGGUCGGAAUUGAUCGCCAAAAUCCCCAACUUUUGGGUAACAACAUUUGUCAACCAUCCACAAGUGUCUGCGCUGCUUGGGGAGGAGGAUGAAGAGGCGCUGCAUUAUUUGACAAGAGUUGAAGUGACAGAAUUUGAAGAUAUUAAAUCGGGUUACAGAAUAGAUUUUUAUUUUGAUGAAAACCCUUACUUUGAAAAUAAAGUUCUCUCCAAAGAAUUUCAUCUGAAUGAGAGUGGUGAUCCAUCUUCAAAGGCCACUGAAAUCAAAUGGAAAUCUGGAAAGGAUUUGACGAAACGCGCAAGUCAAACACAGAAUAAAGCCAGCAGGAAGAGACAGCAUGAGGAACCCGAGAGCUUCUUCACUUGGUUCACUGACCAUUCGGAUGCUGGUGCAGAUGAGCUCGGCGAGGUCAUCAAAGACGACAUUUGGCCAAACCCAUUGCAGUACUACUUGGUUCCUGACAUGGAUGAUGAAGAAGGGGAAGGAGAAGAAGAUGACGACGAUGAUGAAGAGGAAGAAGGAUUGGAAGAUAUUGAUGAAGAAGGGGAUGAAGAUGAAGGUGAAGAAGAUGAAGAUGACGACGAGGGAGAGGAAGGAGAGGAGGAUGAAGGAGAAGAUGACUAACGGAACACUGACGGAUUCCAAUCUUUUUUAAUUUUCUCCAGUCCCUGGGAGCAAGAUGCAGUCUUUUUUCUUUUCUCUCCCCCUCCCCUAGCCCUGCCCCGCCCCUCCCCGUCCCCACUCCCUGUGCUCAGUCUGUCGCCCUGUUUUUUGAGGUCUCUUUUUCUCUCCUUUACACCAUGGUUCUCUACCUAAUUCGGGGAAAUACCUUGAACAGAAUUCAGUGGGGAAAGACUACUGGUUUCUGUUCCAAAUUAAAUUUUAUCACUUCUCGUCUCAACACAGACUUGAUGGAAUCUACACCACCGUGCGCUGCUGGGAAAAAAGAAAGACCUUCUGCACCCUUAGCUCUGCUGAAGCUGGAGGGCCAGGCCCCUGUGUAGUAGUGCAUA